CUCCAGCCCACAAUGAGCGCCGCUUCCCGUGCAUUCCGUCUGCUGCUCGCUUUCCUGCUGGCGUGCGUGUGUGCACAGUCGCAGCACAGACCGUCUUUCACGUGCGGGGGAAACUUCACGGGCGAGUCCGGAAUCAUCGGGAGCCAAGGGUACCCGGGAGUUUACCCCCCCAACACCAAAUGUGUGUGGAGGAUCACAGUCCCGGAAGGGAAGGUGGUGGUGCUGUCCUUCCGCUUCCUGGACCUGGAGAGCGACCGCCUGUGUCGCUACGACUACGUGGACGUGUACAGCGGCCACGCCAGCGGUCAGCGGCUGGGCCGCUUCUGUGGCACCUUCAAGCCCGGCGCGCUGGUUUCCACGGGCAACAAGAUGAUGCUGCACAUGCUGUCGGACGCCAACACGGCCGGGAGCGGCUUCCUCUCCGUCUUCUCCGCCGCGCAGCCUAAUGAGAGAGGUGAGCUGUACUGUGGUGGCAGACUGGACAAACCUUCCGGAACUUUCAAAACCCCCAACUGGCCAGAAAGGGACUACCCAGCCGGCGUGACCUGCUCCUGGCACAUCGUGGCACCAAAGAACCAGAUCAUCGAAGUGACCUUUGAGAAGUUCGACGUGGAGCGAGACAACUACUGCCGCUACGACCACGUCUCCAUCUUCAACGGCGGCGAAAUCAACGACGCCAAGAAGAUCGGCAAAUACUGCGGAGACAGCCCCCCGCCGCCCGUCCUGUCCGAGGGCAACCGGCUGGUGGUCCAGUUCCUGUCGGACCUCAGCCUGACGGCGGACGGCUUCGUCGGCCACUACAAGUUCCGCCCCAAGAAGUUCUCCAUGGCGACCACGCCACCUCCCACCACCACGCCGCCCGCCACCAGCAGGAUCACACCUCUCAAGUACUCCGUGGCUUUGUGUCGGCAGAAAUGCAAAAGACGAGGAACCCUCGAAAGCAACUUUUGCUUAAGCAACUUUGUGAUCACAGGCACGGUCAUCUCGGCCGUGACCAGAGGGGGCAGCGCACACGUCACCGUGUCCAUCGUCAGCGUGUUGAAGGAAGGCAGUCUGGCCAUCCAGCAGGCGGGCAAGACCAUGAGCACCAAGAUCCUGGUCCUGUGUCGCAAGUGUCCGCUCGUCACGAGAGGCUGUGUGUGUGUGACCCCCCAUGCAGGCCUGAACUACAUCUUCAUGGGUGAGGUGGACCAGGAGGGCCGAGGGAAGGUUGGCCCUCACAACUUUGUGCUGGGCUUCAAGAGCAGGAACCAGAAGGUGCUCAGAGUCCUGAAGAACAAACACUGCUGACUGGAACUGGAACAGAAGGUGCUCAGAGUCCUGAAGAACAAACACUGCUGACUGGAACUGGGAAGAAGAUUAGGAACAGCUCUUUACACUUUUACUAAAUCAACUUCAUAUUUCACCUUUUCUUUGGAUUUAAACAGGAUCUCAUUGGACCUCUUUGGAACUAUCAAUUACUGCACUUGUGUACUUACACUUGGUCUUUUGAGUACAUACGAGUGUACACUUGUGUACUUACACUUGGUCUUUUGAGUACAUACAAGUGUACACUUGUGUACUUACACUUGGUCUUUUGAAUACAUACGAGUGUACACUUGUGUACUUACACUUGGUAUUUUAAGUGUCUAAGUGUGUACACUUGUGUACUUACACCUCACCUUUUGAGUGCAUAAGUGGGUACACUUGUGUACUUACACCAAGUCUGUUGAGUGCAUAAGUGUGUACACUUGUGUACUUACACCUAGUCCCUUUAGUGCAAAAGUGGGUAAACGUGUGUACUUACACUUAGUGUUUUAAGUAUCAAGGUGUGUACAGUUGUGUACUUACACCUAGUCUUUUAAGUGCCUUAGUGGGUACACUUGUGUACUUACAAUUAGUAUUUUAAGUGCCUAAGUGUUUACACUUGUGUACUUACACCUAAUGUUUUAAGUAUCGAGGUGUGUACACUUGUGUACUUACACCUAGUCUUUUAAGUGCCUUAGUGGGUACACUUGUGUACUGACAAUGAGUAUUUUAAGUGCCUAAGUGUUUACACUUGUGUACUUACACUUAGUCCUUUUAGUGCAAAAGUGUGUACAAUUGUGUACUUACACCUAGUCUGUUGAGUGUGUAAUUGUGUACACUUGUGUACUUACAGUUAGUCCUUUGAGUGGAUAAGUGGGUACACUUGUGUACUUACACUUGGUCUUUUGAGUGGAUAAGUGGGUACACUCGUGUACUUACACUUAAGUCUUUUGAGUGGGUAAGUGGGUACACUUGUGUACUUACACUUAGUCUUUUAAGUGCCUAAGUGUGUACACUUGUGUACUUACACCUCACCUUUUGAGUGCAUAAGUGGGUACACUUGUGUACUUACACCUAGUCUUUUGAGUGGAUAAAUGUGUACACUUGUGUACUUACACUAAGUCUUCCAAGUAUUGACUUCAUGCUAGUCGGUACUAGCAUGUUACACUCAAAAUGGUGAGUGUGCAUUGAUGGACACUUAGCACACUCAAUAGUGUCGGCUGGCGGAAGAGGCGGGACUAACUUGAAACAAUGGGAAGGAGUUAAGAGAAGAAAGUAAAUAUCGUGAUCGUCAUUUGGGUCAAGUGUACUACAAAACAAAAGUAAAGGGACAGUACUCACCGUGGACAAACUCAGGAAGUAAGUGUACACAGUAUACUUAAAGUGUACUGAUGGAAAUAUUCCAUUUGAUACACAGCCAUAUUUGUAAAGGCAUAAAUAUUUCUUUGUUGUUCAUUUCCUUGUUUUAGUACUUCAGGAACUAAAUCUGACCUCUGGUGUCAGGAAGUACACAUUGCAUGGAGAUGGCUUACAAACUUAUUUUUUAAAAAGGGAUUCUUAUAAAUACAAAAAUAUUUAAAAAGUUAUUUAUUUUCUUUUAAUGGAUUUAUGAAAAUGAGUAUGGGGAUGAAUAAGAAUUGUGAUUGUUUCGGCAGUUGUAUGUACUUCAUUGAAUUGAGUUUUAUUUUGAAGGGCCGUGUAAAAACAGUCUUAUUGAUGUUGCUAAUAAAA